GAAGGCAUGUUCGCAAGCACCUCCCUGCUCUGUGCUCUCUUUUACACACAAACAAACCCCGGCUGCUUCUGUUAUGGCAGGGGCGGCAGCACACUGGCAUUUACCGAACAGCCGCGGCAUGCCACUCUCCCUGAUAGCACCUCCCUGUCUUCUCUGGAGAUGGACAGGCAGGCUGAACUGAGCUGAGAGCAGACUGUAGUGGGCUGUCGGACAAACACGCCCUCACAUCAGCAAGACAAAGUGGGAGAAACUGCUGAACACACGUCACAAGAUACCAAUGGUCCAACCAGAUAAUGUGACAACAAAUUGAGUGGACAACUGAAGACAAGAAAAUGAUGGAAGGACAAAAUGGAAGCAUCUUGCCUCAGAAAACAACAGAGAAUGGAUUUAAAGGGAAGCCUCCAUACUCAUUGGAAACCCCGUAUGGCUUUCGACUUGACCUGGACUUCCUAAAAUAUGUAGAUGACAUAGAGAAAGGCAACACAAUCAAAAGAGUCCCCAUCCAGAGACGAAGCAAGGGCCCCAGAGCAAGCACUCUUCCCAGGCACCUCAACCCCACUGGCUGUGGCUAUCGCCCAAGCCCCUGGGGGUCAACUGGAGCUCUUGGCCCCAGGUCCCGACUGUCAGAUCUCCAUCAUCAUGGAUAUGCUUCCUGGGCAAAUGAUCACAGGUCACCCCUUUCUCCCACAGGGCUCAAAUCCCUGACUGAGAUGGAGGCCAGAAUCAAGGAGUUUGAUGAGCAACCUCUAGGUGAGCACAUCAGACCUCAUCUCCUCCGUGCCUCCAGCCUGCCACUUACAGUACUGCUGAGACAGGGAUCAGAAUCCACUGAUGACCCCGGCAGCCUCCAAAGUUCGAGGGAUCACCUUGGGGGCAGAAACAUCUCCUGUGAAGACAUCUUCUACUCCCCAGAUAUCCCUCAAUCCCAAGACUGCUCAGGGCUGUUGAGGCGCCUGAGAGAGGCCCUGGAACGUGUGGGGGAGCUGGAGAUGGAGAUAAGAGUUAUUCCAGAGCUCAGGGCACAAAUCUGCAUCCUCCAGGAGGAACGAGAAAGGCUCCGCCUGGGCCUGAAUCCACAUCCUUCCUCGGUGAAUGGAACCACAGACCCUUAUACCUCAUCCUACUAUGGUACAGCGGACAUCAAAAGGCCUCGGCAUGAAAGUCAGAUCAUGUUUCCUAGAAAUCACGGAGUCAAUCAAGAGGACUCUAAUCUAACACAUGAGUGGAGAACUAGUACAGAUCUGGAUGAACUGCUGACAGUGACGUCCCUGCAGGCUAAGGUGGCUGUGCUGGAGCAGAGACUCCAUGAAACUGGACUGGAGCUCCAAAGAGCCUUAGGGCUUCUGAGGGAGCAUCAGGAGGAGAGCAGAAAGAAGGAUGAAAAGAUUGAACACCUUAUCAGGAAUCCUGGUGUAUGGGUUCGUGCAGAGAGAGUGUUGGUAGACCAGGAUGGAGAUGAAGCAGUUGUGAGAUCUAUUGAACCAUAUAAUAAAGUGUCAAGGAGUCCAGAUGUGAUCAUUACUGCAGGGACUGUUACAACAAAUGGACGAAAAAGUCAACAACAGGACUCUACUGUUGAUUCUACUGAAAGGUGCCCGCUAGUGUCUGGACCUGAAAAUGCUUCAGAUAACAGUGAAGAUACAGCAGUGGUUGUCCACCACAUUACAAAAAUCAAGAGGCUACUGGAUCAGCAGUGGGAGUGUUUGUGUGCAGACCACCAGUCAGGAGAGGAGGGUAAACCUCUAAUGCACCCAGACCCCAAAGUCAACUCUCUGCAGCAGGAGAUGAUGGGACUUGUUGACAUCCUUACCUCCUACUACACCCAACAUGGAUACAGUAAUGCAGAGAGGAUUCAGCAUGGAGCCUCUAAAUCCAUCCUGAGGACAGACGGAUGUGCCCGGACGUCAAAAAGCCUACAUUCUGGGGGUGUUAAUGACAGCAAAAAAAGAGAUCUGGUUGGGCUGUACCGUGGGAAUCAGAGUGAGCAGAAGGAGAGCAGCAUCAGCCCUAGAGAGAUGGCUGCUGCCCAGGUGGAUGCAGACCCAGAGAAGGGAUGGAGGGAGGGAGAGAGGCAAACAAGCUCAGACAGAAAGAUGAUAUCGGGAGGAACAGGAUCAGGGAGGACAGAUGGAAGUGCAUCUGUGGAAGCUGAGGCUCCUGCAAAAAUGGCCAAGACAACACCACAGCCCUCAGGAGAACAGACUGAGGGCAGCUCUGGCUCAGAAACUACCCCCGGGGGCAGGGAGACGGUGAGUUCAGAUUUCAUGGCAGCUUGUCAGUUCCUCAAAGAUCACAUGGACAACAUGGAUAACCCCAAUGAUGACAUGAGGAAGGCCCUGGUUGUGCUGUUUCAGCACUGGUUCAGUGUGGCAGCAGAGGAGGCUUCAGUGGCCAGCGAGUUAGCUGUGUACUUGAGAGAAGUGAAGAAGUCCACACCAUCACUGCUGGCAUUCUUGGUUAACCUGGCUGACGACAACAGCAACACAGUGUUGCAUUACAGCGUGUCUCAUUGCAACUACAGCAUUGUCAGCCUGCUACUGGACACAGGUGUGAGUGAUGUGAACCUUCAGAACAAUGCCGGCUAUACAGCAGUGAUGUUGGCCUCACUGACAGCCCCUGAUGGCCCAAGUGGCAUGGAGGUGGUCCGCAAGCUGAUGGAUCUGGGCAACAUUCACAUUCGCUCCAGUCAGACAGGUCAAACAGCUCUGCACUUGGCGGUGAGACAUGGGCGAGUGGUGAUGGUUCGUCUACUGCUGAGCCAUGGAGCUGACGCGAACAUCCAGGAUAACCAGGGAACCACGGCGCUGAUGUUCGCAGCUGAGAGAGGCCACACACACAUCGCAAGGCUGCUGCUGGAGAGGAGCCAAUGUAACCUCACUCUGACUGACAAGCGUGGUCGAACUGCACUCUCUUUUGCCAUGCAAGGAUCCCACACGGAUACUGCUGCCCUCCUACAAGCCCAUGCUAAAGCUCGAGCUUUGUAGUGCUGGAAUACUAGAAAGGAACCAGCAACUGUUUGAUCGUCUCUAAUCCUCUCUGGUCUUUUCUGUCUGAGUCUCCUCACCCAAACCCAAAUGAUAACGUUAUGUGCUUGGAUUAAGCUGUUGUUAUCAUGAUAUUAUUUCUAAAUUGUGGACAGCUGCACUGCAUCUUUAUCUACGUUUUGGUUUGGACAACAUCAUUAUAACAAGCAUUUAUAUUUUUACAGUGAGUGAGGUAAAGUUUGUGUGUCAUGACUGUUAUUUUUACUGUUGAUGUUCAUGGUUAUGUCUGAUUUUUGCACAUCCAAAUAGCAGCUUAGCUUUGCAAACUAUGCAAUGGAAAAAAAAAUAUUUAUUAUAUUUUUAGUGUAUUGGAUGUGUUGCUUAUAAUAACAUUCACUACAAUACUUUUAAGUUUUGAGAGGAAAAUUACAGAUCACCAUUUACUUUCUCGCAACAGCUGAGCACUUUUAAAUAGAAUGUGUAAAAUACAUAAAGAAAUGCCAAGUAAUUGUCCCAUGCUGCAUGAAAGAAAGACAACCUUUUGGUGCCAAUAAACCAACGUGUUGAUUUAACUAACUAGUAAUUGCUAUACUAAUGUAUAAACAGUAUCUUUUUAAUAAAAUGCUAUAAAAUAUCA